GGAAAGUGGUGUUGUACACAUUUUAUUAUAAAAAUAAUAAUAUGUGCUACAGUUUAUAUGUUCAUAGUAGUAUCAGUUUAUUAAAAUCUGAUUUUAUCGGGUGUUCGUGUGCAGGGAAAAUGACCCUUUCCUGACGGUGUCCUCUCAUUAUGAUGUACACUAUAAGAGAGACGCGUACCAUUUUCCCGGCCAUAUGAAGGGGAAGAGUGGAAACCGGAUGUCCGCGCAGUUUGAUACAGUUUUUAUUGUUGUACGACAAACGAGGGGAGAUAGUGGCGGCCAAUGAAGAGACUUUCACAAUGUCUACGCCCCUUCAGUCUUGCGUGCCCAAAGGUCGGGUUAAACUCACCGACGUCAAUCCUCAUCUAGUAUGCGUCUUAUGUCACGGAUACUUUGUAGACGCUACUUCGAUCGUCGAAUGCCUUCAUUCUUUUUGCCGUAGCUGCAUCGUGUUACACUUGGACAAGAAGAGUUAUUGUCCGAUAUGCCAGGAACAGAUCCAAAACAGCAAAGCCCUCAAGCCCGACAAAGCCCUGCAGGACAUCGUGUACAAACUGGUACCCGGGUUGUUCCAUUCAGAAAUGAAACGCAGACAGGAAUUCUACCAAAAACAUCCGCAUAGGGAUAUGCACCUACACCCGGAAUAUCGGGGCGUGACCGUCGACCGGAUCGUGUACACAGCCGAUGAGACAAUCAGUUUAUCGCUGGAAUACUACGACAAAGAAUGCGAACAAGAAAUGUGGAAAAACGUUACGGACGACAAGGGUUUCCAAUAUAUGGUGAGGACCGAAAAACAACAAAGGUGUGUGGUCAGAAAACGGUAUUUGAGGUGUCCCGCGGCCGUCAGGAUGUCGCAUUUGAAAAAGUUCAUCCGAAUGAAAUACAACCUAAAACCUUCGGACUUGGUGGAACUGCUGUAUAGGCGGGAGAGUCUUCCCGAAGAGUAUUCGCUGAUGGACAUAGCGUACAUUUACACGUGGAACCGUAACGAGCCCAUGCGGUUCUUUUACAAGAUCAACGCUCAGAUGACGGUGCCGGUGUUUCCGGUGGCCAACAAGGAACGGACGACGACGGAAGUGAUCGCACGCGAGUCUGCCGCGCCAUCGGAGACGACCGUCACCAUUGCCGACAACGCUUCAGCGGCCAUGGCCAAAGCCCAGCCGUUAUCACUCAAGGUGGCCACGACGGUCGAGUCAAAAGACGGCGAUGACGACAAAAACAAAAAGUCUGUGCCGAGUCUGCUCGAGUUACCGUUAGCCGGCAACGAGACCGAGGCCAAAGGCUUACCGCCAUUGCCCCCUGUGGUACCGCUCGGCUCGCCGAUAUCGCCCGAGGGCACGUCCAGGAAGGAGAACGUGUCGGAUAACGUGCGCAAUAGCUGCGCCAACGAAGUCAAACAGUGUGCUUUUCCCGUCGUCCAAGCGGCCAACGGGACCGUGGUCGCGGAAAAGGACGAAAAGAAGCCGGCUGACCCGUCGGACGUACCUAUGAAAAAACUGGAAAAAUUAGUCGACCAACAACAGCAGCAGCAGCACCAUCAGACCGCUAUUCCCGUGCCCGUGGUCCCUCUAGCGGCCACUCCAAAGCGAACGACCGGUGGCGAAUCCAAGCUCAACCUGUCCAUAUCCAAGUUGAUCAUGAAAAAUCGGAACGCCGCCGGUGCGACGAACAACGCGACCGUACCAAAAUUCGUGCCGACCCCUCAGCAGAUGCAGCAAAUCGGCAUGCACACGUCCAUACCGAACAUCCAACAUCCGUCGACUCAGCCUCCGUCGUCUCAACCCAACGCUUACGUCCGCCCCGGAUUCCCGGGCAUGCACGCGUUUAAGAGAUCCGCGGCCGACACUCCUCCGGCUCCGGUCCGCAGUCAAGCGCCUUCCAACCGGCCACCGUUCAUUCCGGUGCGUAAGUCGUACGAAUGGAAUAAGGCGAGAAACACCGUGAAACUCGGAUCGCACGUCGACAAAGACAUCCACGGUGGUAGGCAAUCCGAAAAACUUUUGGCUCCGAAAAAGUCACCUCUACCCGUGGUCGUGGAGAAGCCGGCCGCUAAAAACUCUACGGAAGAACUGAACGCCGCUCAGAGUUUGCUCAGAGUCGGCCAGGACAUCAGGUUGCAACCUUCGCCCAAAUCGUCCCCCGCGAUGGACAGCAUUCACGACCGGUUUAACUGCGAGUCGUCACUGCAAAUCACCAAAGUCAGCGAUCCCGGCGAAACUACCCAUCAACCGUGUGCGGCGGCAGAUUCGGGCGCCGAAAAACCGACCGGUCCUCCUAGCCUGCAGAUCAUGAGAGUGCCGCAACAGACGGCCGUAGACAACAAAGCCUGUCCGCCAAAACUGCCAGAGUCCACCGUUAAUGGCACUCCUCAGACAGCUGCCCCCAGCAAGCCGGCCAAUAAGAAACCGGUACCGAGUUUAUACAGCAUGCAGACGGCUAAGCGCAAAGACGACGUCGGCUUGAAUAUGACGCCGCCGGAAAACGGUAAGCGGAUGGAAAGGCGAGUGGAUACCGAAAACGGCGUGCUUAGCGUUUCGCUGUUGACCGAGACGACCAAGCAAGACAUGGACGCUAAACGGCGCGAAGUCGUCCAACCGGACGUGUCCAUCAAGCUGAUGACGUUCCCGACGACGGAAUCUUCGAAUGCUGUUAAGAAGACGCCGGAAAUCGUCAAAAAGGCACCGGAACUGAACCCGAUCAAGAGAAAGCACCCGGCGACGACGGGCGACUGCGCGCCGGAACGAGGCGUCCGCAAAGCCACGCCGCCGUCCCGACCCAAAGACGACGUGCCUCAACUGAUCGAGAUCAACUCCUCGCCGUACGCCAAACUGUUGCCGGCGGUCAAAAAACCGGCGACUGGCAUUAAAGUGUUGGACCUGUCUAAAUCGCCGCCUAACGGUCUCGUCAAACGCGUCAGUCCCCCAAAGGCCGCGCCCGUUAAACGUCUCAGCCCCGAGAACGGUCUAAAAAGGCUCAGUCCCGAGGCCGGUGGCGGUUCGCCCGGGAAAAAGAAGAAUGUCGGCGCCGUCUUGCCUGCGCCGCCGCCUCCGGUGUCCAUAACGCCUAGCACCGCGGCAGCCAUCAACUCCAACUUGCUGUUUGCGGCUCAAAGACAAGCAGCUGCGUUCCUAUUGAAACAACAUUUCGACUCGCUCAACAACGGUUUGUUGAACAGAGGUAAGAACGGAACGGCUGCGGCCGCCCCCGUCGAGUGGCCACGGGCCAUGUUCAAUCCAGCGCUGUUCGCCCGGCCGCCCCCUACCAACCUCAACAACUGAGAAACAAACCUCGUCUUAAGUUAUUAUUAUAUAUUACCUUUUCUUGUAUGAAAAACGAUAAUUCGGUUGACUAAUUUUUGGUUUUUAUUUGUUAUAUAUCGGUUUUAUUAUUAUUUUGUUAACGAGAACUCGAAACUCACUUUUGUAUAAAAAAAGACAAUUUGGCUGUAGUUAUCAAUCACCACGAAUUGAAUCUAGUAUGUAAAUUACUGACUUAUUAACGCAUUAUAAAUAGUAAAUAUAAUUACAGGAAAAUAUACGUAUAUAUAAUAUAUAUUUAUUUACAUAUUGUAAUAUAAAUAAGCUCACCGUUGUAAAAUAAAAGCAUACAAAA